GGAUCACAGGUCAUGGGCUUUCAGACUUUUAUAAGUUUGGUCCAUUUGCAUAUUGGGGGUCAAUCUUCCAAUUACCUCUUCAGGUAAUGAACUAAUUUACUCCAAGUUUGCUCCCCCCAAAAGUCACUUUUGUUUGCACUUCUCAGGCCUGAGGCAGGGAGGUGUCCUUGAUUCCCAGGCCUGGAGAGGAAUUAUUGGGAAAAGCAGCAGCUCACACUGUGUGUGGAGUUUAGAGCCACACACCGAAGAACUGCAGGAUUACAGAGGUAUGAAAAAUAGAAAAGCUGAAAUCCUGAGGCAUCGCAACAACCUGGCCUUGGACACUUCCAGGGAUGGGGCAACCACAACAACCUGUGCCCCAACCCGGCCCUGCCCAGCCUCGCCCAGCGGUGCCACGGCCUUGUCACGGAGCCUGGCACCUCCUCUGCCAAAUCACCAGCCCUGUGAAUUUUGGCUGCACUCCCCACGCUGAUUCUGAACCUCCACCAGCCAUCUCCACCCCUCGGGGCUCCCAAAAUGAGCCGGUGGCCGAGAUCCAGCCCGGUCCCCGUGGAUGUGGGGGGUUUUUGGGGAUGCUGUGUCCCUUCUCAUCCCCACAGGAAAUGACAGGAAAAUCUUACAGCACGCUGAGAAAUCCACGGAAACACAAGCAGGACGCUGUGCCUCGCGUCAGGCUCUGCUAAAUUUUUCCCCUGACUCCCGCCCGGGUGGAAUUGCUGCAGCCGGAGCCGGUCUGGAAUGGCUUGGAGGAGCCUCGUCAGGUGUUCAGGGCUUGUGGAAACUAGGACAUCCUGACUUGCCGCUGGCUAACUCCUUUGUGAGAGCCCAGCCAAAGUUUCUCCACCUCUAAAUUGGGGUGUAAUGACACUUCCCCCUCUUUCAUGAUGCUUCAACUCUUUCUGAUCUCGGCAGGGAAAUAAAUCACCGCGCGGGAUCAUAAAAGUCAUCAAACGGCAACCUGGGGUGAACCGAGCCGCGGAGGGAGGGAAGGGCGCGGGCGCUCGGAAAAUGAGAGUUUUCCCAGCCCAGGCUCCGUUCGCUGGCGUCCUCCGGAGCAGGGCGGGACGGCGGCGGCCGGCGCGGGGCUGGAGCGGGCGGCCGAGCCCGGAGCGGCGGAGCGCGGGGCCCGGAGCGCCGGGAAAGGGCAGCUGAUGUCCCUGCCGAGCCCUGCAUGGCCCCAGCGGGACCAGCCCUCCCCCUGCAGUGCCACCACCGCUCUGCCCCCGGCCUCGUCCGACAGCGACUCCGGCUGUGCCCUGGAAGAGUACCUGGAGCCCUCCGCCGAGCCCGCGCCCCCCGAGGUCCUGCCGUGCUUGGCGCCGCAGCCGGGCUCUCCCUCGGACCGGAGCCGGCUCCGCGCCAGGGCCCUGCUGCAGCAGCUGCCGCCUCAGGACUGCGAUGAGCGGUUCUGCCCCGACCUCGCCGAGGAGGAGCGGCGGCAGCUCCGAGCCUUCAGCGCCCGCCGCAGGCAGGAGGCUCUGGGACAGGGCCUGGCGUGUCCCGUGCCGGGUCCGUGCCACGGCUGUCCCUGCAGGAAGUGCGGCCGGAGGCUGAACAAAGGGGACCCGGGGAUUGCGGCGUCUCGCCUGGGGGACCAAUUCUGGCACCCGUCCUGCUUCUCCUGCCACUUCUGCCACCAGCAGCUGGUGGAUCUCAUCUACUUCCAGCAGGAUGGGAGGAUCUACUGCGGCCGGCACCACGCCGAGCUCUUCCGACCCCGCUGUGCCUCCUGCGACCAGCUGAUCUUCAUGGAGGAGUGCAUCGAGGCCGAGGGCCGGCGCUGGCACCUGGAGCAUUUCUGCUGCCUGGAGUGCGACGAGCCCCUGCGAGGGCAGCGCUACGUGAUGAGGAGCGGCCGGCCCUGCUGCCGGGGCUGCUUCGAGAGCCUCUUUGCCGAGCCGUGCCAGGCGUGCGGGGACCCCAUCGGAGCUGACGGAGAGGAGGUCACACACCAGGGGCUGCACUGGCACGCCCGGGCCGCCUGCUUCUGCUGCAGCCUGUGCCGCACGCCGCUGCGGGGCCGGGCGCUCACCUGCCGCCGCGGCCGCCUCUUCUGCUCCGACACCUGCAGCCGCGGCCAGGACGCCCCUUCCAGCGCCUCCGACUCCUCCGACUCGGCUUUCGCCUCAGCGCCGUCCCCCGACGCCACGCCGCUGGCCCGAGCCGGCAGGGGCCGCGGGGAAGGGGCUGAGGCGUUUUCGGAUGCGGCCCCAGUGCACCCCGCGUUCAGGAGCCCCCAGGAUCUCGGGGGGGCCGCACGGCAGAGGAGCAGCGAUGCUGCCAAGGAGCACCCAGGGGUGCCGGGACCCCCAGGCGGGCACCCCCCGGCCCCCCAGCCCAGCCCAGAGCGGCCUGACGAGCCUGGAGCCUUGGGUCACCCGCUUUUGGGGGGCCCUGACCCCCAAACGGCAGCAGGCAAUGGAAACCCACGCGUCCAAGCGGGCACCUCCCCUCCCCGGAACGGCCCCCGGGCAGAGCACGGCACAGAGGAGGAGGAGGAGGACUCCUGGUGUCCCACCUGCUCCUCAUCUUCGGACUCAGACUCGGAGGAGGAGGGUUUCUUUUUCGGGAAGCCCAUCCCCAAGCCCGGGAUGAACUCCCUGGGCAGGGAGCCCGCAGGCAGGGGCAGGGGCAGGACGGCCAAGCACUGCAGCGUGUCCUAACAGCGGGGACCCUGAGUGGCACUGCCAGGUCCUGCCAGGUCCUGCCAGGGCCUCAACACGUUCCGAGCGCGUCCUGGACGCGGCCCAAGGCCGGUGGGAGAAGCUGCUGGGAUGGUUCCCCCGGGGGCUGCUGGCAGAGCAGAGCCUGCCGUUCCUGCCAGCCCCUCCCGCAAUUAGGAACAGGUAAAGCAGGAAGGGAGCGGGGCCGGCGGCACCUCCCACAGGGCGGCAGCUCCGGACAAGGGCACUGCCCGCAUCACCCCACGGCUGGGGAUCCUUCCCUGGACCCCUCCGUGCCCCACUGCCACCUCCUCUCCACCCCUGGUGGCACCUGGUGCCGCUGCCACCGCGGGGAGGGGACCUGGGGCGCAGCUCUGCUGCUGCCACUGACGAAGCUCCAAUAAAGUUCAGCUGAAAUCUGAA